ACAUCAUCCCUCCUAGUGCUCACGAGAGUCUUCACUGUCUUUUUUGAAAAUUUUUGUAGUCCUCAGUACGUUCCGAGUUCGAACCCACGCACGCACCAAAUUUCCCUCCUGCAAUUGCAUCACCAGUGCCCGAAAGGGGAAACAAGAACAGGAAACAAUGGCGGUGGAAGAAGAGGGAAAACAGAGAGGUCCUAGAUUUGACUCCUUUAAUACCGAAAUUGAAGAAUCCCACGGCGAAACGAGCCGGGUAGCGGCCAGAUCGUCUGUCGUCGAUUCUCUCCACGGCUGUGGGCUUAGCGGAUUUCGGGUUAAUAAAGAUGAAUUGAAGAAAAAAUUGCUGAUUCCUGAAUAUUUGAGAAAUGCAAUGAUGGAGGCCGUUACAAAGAAGGAGUUCGUGUAUGACGCGGAUCGCCAUCGUGGGGACGAGACCAGUACCGCGCCUGAAGCUGCCGUAAUCGUUUUUAUCAAUUCAAAGAGCGGCGGCCACCACGGCCCUGCGCUCAAGGCCAGGCUUCAGGAGCUUAUCAGUGAACAACAGGUCUUUGAUCUGUCAAGUGUAAAACCCUCAGAAUUCCUUCACCAUGGUCUAGGUUGUUUGGAGGAAUUGGCCAACUUUGGGGACCAUUGUGCUCAAGAAACCCGUAAGAGAGUACGGAUUGUGGUAGCAGGUGGUGAUGGGUCUGUGGGAUGGGUGCUGGGAUGCAUUGGAGAGCUUCAUUUGGAAAACAUAAAACCAAUCCCACCUGUUGGAGUUAUUCCUCUUGGCACAGGCAAUGAUCUUUCUCGAAGUUUUGGCUGGGGUGGGUCCUUCCCAUUUGCAUGGAAGUCAGCAAUCAAGAGCUCCUUGUUGAGGGUGAUUAGUGGUCGAAUUCGUCGGCUUGAUAGUUGGCAGGUGGUCAUGACAACAGUAGAUGAAAAAAAAUUAGAAUUGCCCUAUGCACUCAAGCCACGUCAACAAACUUCAAUUCCUCAGGAUGGGAUUCAAGAUGGCACCUUGUCUAGUACUUUUGUUUCCUAUGAAGGAGUAUUUUACAAUUACUUCAGUAUGGGUAUGGAUGCUCAAGUAGCUUAUGGAUUUCAUCAUUUACGAAAUGAGAAACCAUAUCUUGCUCAAGGUCCAAUUACUAAUAAAAUGAUCUAUUCAGGAUAUAGUUGUGCUCAAGGGUGGUUUUGCACCCCAUUUUCAUCCAAUCCUCGAGUAAGGGGAUUAAAUAAUAUUUUGCGCGUGGAAAUCAAAAGGAGGAACUGUUCUGAUUGGGAGAUUCUUCGAAUACCUUCAAGUGUUCGAGCAGUUGUUGCAUUGAAUCUUCACAACUAUGCUAGCGGACGAAAUCCUUGGGGUCACCCUAGCCCAGACUACUUGGAGAAGAAAGGGUUUGUGGAAGCCCAUCCUGAUGAUGGAUUGCUAGAAAUCUUUGGUUUAAAGGAGGGUUGGCAUACAACGUUCGUCAUGAUUGAGCUUAUUAAAGCAAAGCAUCUUGCUCAGGCGGCUGCUAUUAGAGUGGAACUAAGGAGUGGGCGAAGAAAAAAUGCUUAUUUGCAAAUGGACGGCGAACCCUGGAAACACCCACUUAGUGAGAACAAUUCAACAACAAUUGAGAUAACAAAAGCACCUUUCCCAUCCUUCAUGAUAAGUGGAGAAUGAACUUUUGGAUAAUCGUAUCACUAACUUAUAAGCAUGGUGUACAAGAUUCAGAUUCAGCUAAGGACGAACAAAUUCUAUUAGUAAAUAUCAAUGCUGUUUGCAGUGCUGCAUGUUCUAAUUCUAUUUAUUCAUUUUUUCAAAAGCUCUUCUGAGCUUUUUGUAUUCUCUAUGACAUGGCAAUUGUUGAGUGGUUUUAACAGAGAAUUUACUGCAGAGUUUGAUCUUGUUCCGAGGCAGAACAUUUGUUAACACUACAUGGUAAAUAUUUAUGCCAAUAUUUGCCCGGAUUGCUGUAUUGUGUCAAUAUUUAUGAAGAAAAAGAAUUUAGGCUGAAAUUCUUUUA